UGUGUGCUGCUGUUGCCGCCGCCGCCGCCGUUGCCGCCACCGCCGCCGCCUCCUCCCUUCCAUCUGCAUCUGCUGCAGAGCUUUGCCAACAAGCAUCUCUACGCACGGCGUCUUCUCGCUCGUUUGUCCAUCCGUCCAUGCCGCCAUGGAGACAGAACAAUCAUUGUACGUCACUUUCGGAGUGUUGAGGACGGAGGAUGGGUUGCACGGAGACGCAUCCCUGGACUGAGGCAGCUGCCGCCAGGAACAACCGCAUCAUUUUUUUCCCUCUCCAUCUCUCUCUCUCUCUCUUUCUCUUUCUCGUCUAUUCUUCCUCCCUCUCUUCAUCUCCGAUUCUGCUGCUUGCGCCACUGUGGGAAUGCAGCUGAGGUGAACCAGUCCUGAAGGUGUCCACCUGUCUUCUCGCAAAACACCAGGAACGGAUAUAUUUUACAAACAUCCCUGGUACGAGGGUACGUAUCUCGGUCUGGUUCAGGAGGACCUUGGAGGUGCUUGGACGGCAUCAACUUCUACAGAUACUGGAUUACUCCAAAAAAAAAAAAAAAAAACGGGGGGGGGGAAAAAGGUGGCGGACUUGAACUUCUUCUUUUUCACUGGAUGGAUUUACGGCGUUGAUCUUCAUCACCUUGCAACCCGGAUCCUAGUACCCGUCUUUUGUUUUAAACAAGGGAGUAAAGCAGUUUUUUUGGGAUUUAUCAUUUUUUUUUGAGACAUCCUCCCCUUUCCACCCUUACCUGUGUAUAACCUGUGUGUGUGUGUUUUUGUGCAUGUGUGUGUUUGCUUUCUUGUCCGCCAGAGGGAGUGUGUGUCGCUUGUGCUUGCAUGUUGUAGCAUUUAUUUGGUUGUUAUUGACUGAUAUGCUAAGCUAGUAGUGUUGAGAGCGUGUAUUUGAGUGUAUAUAUAUAUAUCUAUAUGUAUAGAGAGAGAUCUAUACAUUGAGAUUAUAUAUGUAUAUAUAUAAGUAGGUUUGAUGUGUAUGUAAGAUGUGCCUCCUUGCUUCUCCGCCAUCCCUUCCUCAAGUCUUUGGGCAACCUGUUUGACCUCCAAAGCUCCCCUGAGAGACCAAAAAAAAAGCAGGAUGAGUGAGCACUCGGGUGCAAGCACUCUAGCGGCCAUGACACUGGAGGAGCCCGGGGCCGAGCAGGCAUCCCCGAGAGCCCCGGGCCCGCUCCGAUGUGGCCCCUGCGCUGUGUGGCCUCGCCAGCAAACCUGGCUGUGCGCCGUACCCUUAAUAAUGGGUUUCGUGGGCUUGGGACUUAGUCUCAUGCUGCUUAAAUGGAUUGUGGUUGGAUCCGUUCAAGACUACGUCCCGACUGAUUUGGUGGAUCCUAAAGGUAGCCUGGGGCAAGACCCGAUAUUUCUGUCUAAACCCAGUGCCAUGCCAAAAGGGCCGGAGAUUUCAACUGCGACAACGUCACCGGCUUCCGCUACGGCAAUGGUGUCGACGACAACGCCGCUAGCUGCCGACGGGACUGCCCCGGCGCCGAGAACUCGAUCCGGUCCACCUGCCAACCACUCUGCGAAUGGCAGCGCGGCUGACGGCAACCGAGCCCCGCACCUUCAUAACCGCGUCGGGACCCGUGUCGGCGGCACCGCAGUCAUCACGUCCACCACCCGUUCCCCCCGACUCACACCACCACCACCCGGCGGAAGUAAGGAAGUGACCCCUCGCAGCACAGUCAGGAAAGGAAGCGGCCGUAACAACGGCCACUCAAAAACGGGGCAGGCCACCACCGGGGCCCCCGCCAACUCCAGCACUUCCGCAACCGCUACUGUGAGAACCACCGCUAAGGUCCAACCGACCACUUCUCAGCCUGCCGCCCACCCUGUAAAACCCACAGCUCGUUGGACUCACGGACGUCAAGGGAAGGUCCCCGCGACUAAACCGCACCACCGCUUCCGAACUCCUAUGGUCCCAACACAGCCUAGCCUGCGCUCAGAGGUCUUCAAACCUUGCAUCGACGAUAAGGACUUGGCGUUUUGCCUCAACGAGGGGGAGUGCUCGAUUAUUGAAACUGUGGCCGGGGUCCACCGACAUUGCAGGUGUAAGGAAGGCUACCACGGUCUACGGUGUGACCAGUUUGUACCCAAGACCGAUGCCAUCUUGUCUGACCCAACGGAUGAACUUGGCAUCGAGUUCAUGGAGAGUGGUGACACCUACCAGAGGCAGGUGUUGUCCAUCUUCAGCAUCGCCUCGGGGAUCUGUCUUCUCGGAGUGGCGUGCAUGGCUCUCUACCGCCGCAACAAGAGACAGCGUGAAAAACUCCAAGCUCACUUUUCCGAGAGUCGCGUCUUGAGGGACUGCAGCAUCAACGCCUCUGGCCUGAUGUCCAAAUCGACCACCAGAACUCAAUACACCCUUCAAAAGAGCUGCGGCCCCCACGGGUGUCCUUCCAAUGCGGAGCCAGAAGCGUCGAUUGGAGCCACGCCCAUUCUCAGCAGAGCGCUGUCAAAAGGGAAACGCUUCAGGAGCAAUUCCCUCUCACUCAGCCCGGCGCUGAAACGGAAGGAGAGCAAUCACUUCAGGACACCGCCCGUUUCCAGAGGAAAGCUGAAACUGUCGUCCAAUCUCAUGGACGCAUCGAGAGGUCACGUGUACAAGCACUUGCAAGACGAGGAGGUGGAGUCAAACCAUUUGGAGUCUUUAAGAAGGUGUGACGCUACCGGGGGAAAGGUGACCACCAUCCUCAGCAGGACCUCCCACUUCAAAAAGCGAUGGGCCGAGGUCCCUUGCACCCGUCUGGAUAAAGGAAGCAACUUCCCUCCGCCUUCCCUUCGUACCCGAUCCGUUCCCAUCAUCCCGUCACUCCAGGCAUGUGAUCUUGAGGGAAGGAAUUCGGAUGUGGACAAGCAGAGCCAAAACGGGCGUUCCGUUGAGAUCGCCGUAGAACUCGAUUCAGAACUUUCAAGCCCCGUGACCAAGUCUUCGCCAUCAGGAGAAAAGUUCCAGUAUUCCGCUAACGGAGGUUUAAAGAUGUCCGUCAAGAAUCCCAACAGCAGGGGAAACUCAAGUUGAUCGGAUUAAUUUUACAAACUUUCAAAGACAUCAGUUCCGAUACCCUUUUUCCUGUUUGGACCGUCUAUGUGGCCACAUGGACCAAUACGGAACCGAUUGAUCCGCGGAAAACGAACUAUAUAAACAAAACAAAAACAAGCACACAUUGUGAAUAAACUCAUAAAAAGGACAACCAACUGACUGAUGGGGUAAAAAAAAAAAACAAAAACAAAAAACAAACGCCACUAUUUAAAGGGAGCUUCUAACUAGAAACCAAAAUAGUGUGUCUCUAUGUUGUUUCUCUAUUGUAAAGAAAUGAAAUUAUAUAUGUCAUCUAAUAUAUGUCACAUAGACGUAUAUAUAUUUGACAUACCAUUGUGACAAAAUAAAGAUGUUAAUGGAG